AUGUCUGCACCCCCACCCCCACCACCCCCACUCCCAGCUGCAGGUCCUGAAGGAGCCGCCCCCGCUGCUCCUGCCGGCAGCACCCACUCUACUGUCUACGUCGGCCACUUGAGCCCAAGGACGGAGAGAAGAGACGUCGAGGAACUUUUUGAGAAGUACGGUCGUGUAAUCUCUGUCGAGUUGAAGCAUGGAGGCUUUGCAUUCGUCGAAUACGAGGACCCCCGCGAUGCUGACGAUGCAGUCAGCAAGUUGAACGGAUACGAACUGGACGGCAACAGAAUCUCAGUAGAGUGGUCAAGACGCUCAGGAGGACCCGGCAGCGGAUGCUUCCUCUGCAACGGAACCGGUCAUUGGGCUCGCGAGUGCCCUGAGGCCAGUGAAAAAGGCAUGGAUGUGAAGUCUGGAAAGUGCUUCAAGUGCGGUCAGCCUGGACAUUUGGCAAGAUACUGCCGUGGUACUGAUACCAGACGCCCUGUGGAUGGACCCUCUCGUGACUACCACCGUGGACCUCCUCCUCCUCCCCGCUACGGUGGUGGUGGUGGUGGUGGUGGUGGUCGUGGUCGCUCGCCUCCCCACUACGGACGUGAUCCCUAUGAGUAUGGCCACCGUCGUGGUUACUCCAGAUCGCCUGACCGCGGUUAUGGUGGACCCGGCGGAUACCGCCAGCGCUCCCCCUACCACCCUCCCGGUGGUGGUCACGGAGGCCAUGGCGGCUACCGUGGACGCUCUCCUUCCCCUUACUACCGUGAUGGCGGUCGUGGACGCUCUCCCAGCCCCUAUGGGUAA